GUCCCCGGAGACGCAGGUGCGCAGUGGGUGCAGCUCCGCAGUGUGUCCACACGAUGUCCCCGUGGUGUCCCGCGUUGUCCUUGUGGUGUUCCCAUGGUGUCCCCUCUGUCCCCAGAGGUGGGCCCACGGGGGAUGCAGCUUUCAGGGGGGCAGGCACAAGGGGUGGCGCUGGCCCGGGCCCUGCUCAGGAACCCCCAAGUGCUGGUGCUGGAUGAGCCCACGCGGGCACUCGACCCCAUGACCCAGCGCCAGGUGGAGCAGGAGCUGCUGUGUCCCGGCGCUCCUGGGGCAGGGGAGAGGCCGGCAGUGCUGCUGGUGACAGGGCGGGUGGCCCUGGCCCAACGGGCUCCGAGGGUGGCCCUGCUGGAGGGGGGACGGCUGCGGGAGCUGGGGACCCCCGGCGAGCUAAAGACCCUCCCGUGGGGGACAGCGGGGGACACUGGGGACACUGGGGAUGGGGAGGGGGACGACUAGGGCUGGGAGGGAGACACCGGGGAUG